CACGACCUCCGCUCCGGCAGAGCUGGAGAUCCGACUCGGGCCCGCCUCUUCCUUCGCCGGACAUAAUGACGGAUAUCCAGUUAGGGUGUUACACUAUAAAGUCCCAUGGAGCCAAAGUGGCAAGAAUCCACAUGUAUGACUGGAUAAUACUCCUCCUCCUUGCUGUCAUAGAUGGACUGUUGAAUAUAAUUGAGCCUUUUCACCGUUUCGUGGGGAAGGACAUGAUGACUGACUUGAGAUAUCCAUUGAAGGGCAACACAGUGCCCUUUUGGGCUGUUCCGAUCAUUGGAAUUGUAUUACCGUGUUUCAUCUUUGGUGGGAUUUACUUCAAAAAGAAGAAUUUCUAUGAUUUGCACCAUGGCAUACUGGGUAUUCUUUAUUCAGUGCUCAUAACUGCGGUGAUUACUGAUGCAAUUAAGGAUGGAGUUGGGCGACCACGUCCAGAUUUCUUCUGGCGCUGUUUCCCAGAUGGAAAGGAUGUUUAUGAUAAUGUCACUACUGGUGUUCUGUGCCAUGGGGAGAAGAGUGUCAUCAAAGAAGGUCACAAGAGCUUCCCAAGUGGACACUCAUCAUGGUCUUUCGCUGGCCUAGGCUUCCUUGCGUGGUACUUAACUGGGAAGAUAGCAGUUUUUGACCGUAAAGGUCAUAUUGCAAAACUGUGCAUCAUGGUUCUGCCUCUACUUACUGCUGCACUAGUUGCUGUUUCUCGAGUGGAUGACUACUGGCAUCACUGGCAGGAUGUAUUUGCAGGAUCUAUUAUAGGUCUCACAGUGGCGUCAUUUUGUUACCUGCAAUUUUUCCCAUAUCCUUACGAUACAGAUGCAUUGUGGCCUCAUGCGUACACCCUCCAGUUGGCUGAGACACGCGCCAGUGGCAUUGCAGCAAACUCCUUUAGUGUGCGGCCCUCAGAGAUCGAGGCCACCAAUAUUCCGGAAGGGGAUGGGCAUGGUGGGAUCGGCCUAAGAGACACUAGUCCCAUUCUAGAAGACAUGGAGGCUGGCAGGAGAUAUGAAAACUAGGAGUGGACCAAGCGAUUCCCUUGAAUGCCAUGAUGGUCUUGAGUUUCAGGAGUUUGGAUUAUUUUUGGGUGCAUGUUGCAGGCUACCUGGGAGAUGUUUUAGUGCACACAGUUCGGUGUAUUAUACAGCUGUUGUUUGGGGCCACCUCUAUGGGUUUUCAGUGCUUAUUUUCUGUUAGCUGGAUAGUUAGCCUUGUUAAGGACCGGCUGUAAAUUACCUAGUGAAUGUUGCUGCUUCCUUGUGGAUGAUGACAUUGUGCAUAACUUGUCGCUCUUUCUGCCUCGAUUUGAUUGGUUGAUC